ACUGCGCAUGCUCCGGGCGCCACAGGCCGGGUAGGGCGAGAGUGUGUUUGCGGCGUGGUGUGUCUAGUUGUCUAGAGUGGCUGAGUUACACAGGAAGCCUCCUUCCCUCCUUCUUCGCCGGUAGAAGUCAAAAAUAAAACAUGCAGCUGCGCCGAAUCAGCACCGCCGGUCCUGCCGACACCGGGCUGGAAAUGCAGAAAUAACGGAGGAGAGAGUCAGCCACCUGCCUGCGAGGACGGACACACACACACACACACACACACACAGAAGCAGAAACCUGCCCGACCGAUGCGGACUGCAGUGGCGUUUCCCGGCUUUACGCAUUCCCGCAUUCCGCACGCGCACGCAUGACAAGGACGCGAGCUUCAUAAACACCUUAUAACGCUUAUAACUCCAUCCGACGACUAUGGAUGGAUUCAGAAUCUGUAGAAUAUGGAUUUGAUUAAUACAACACGCUCAAAAUUAUAUGCAAAUGGCUUAAAAGAAGAGGGAAGAAAGAAUCAGAUGCUCUGUACGUCUAACACCAUGCCUUGAAGUAAAUGCAAAUGUAAUCUGCCUCACUGCAUGAUGGCACCUGAAAUGACUGAAAAGAUUGACCUGUUGAGACUUUGACCAAACUAUCACUGGAGGUGGCAUCGGAUCUCAGCUCUGUGACCUGAGCCAUGCAGAAGUGCUUCACAUCCACUCCUCCACCCAAAGCCCUCCAUCCAAAACCUACACAUCAUCAGCUAUCCCCACUAUCCACACCUACCCACAGUCUCCCUCCCGAGCAUCUGGACCAGUGUGUGAGCACUGCUCUGAAUCAUAGCAUGGCUGGUAAAAAUGUGAAACAGCACCGCUCAUACUAUUCCUCAGCUUUGGUGCCAGUCUCUGGCCCAGGGACUCCUUCUCGAGGCUCCCAGCAACCUCACGGUUCCACUCGGCCAUUAGAGCUUGGUCAAACGUCUGUAGUUACCUUCAGCUACAUUGAGAAGGCAAAUGUCAAGCAACUGGAGAGUCCACAGAACUUCUUGAGGAUGCAAAGAGAGACCACUCAGCCACAUAAGAAUGAUCUGGCCUUGUCUGUCCCCUCAGGCUCCUGCAGCAAUAAUAGUCCUUUUCACCAGCAAGCGGGCUCACCCGCUCUCAACCGAGUCACUGUGGACUGUGGAGUUACAGUGGGUCGAGCAGCCACCCAAAGGGCCCUAGAGGACUUUGGGUCACCCCAACUAAGGUCUAAAUUUGCUCAUGGGUCAGACUGGAGUCCAGGGCAGAAACACAUCCAGCAAGUGCAAUGUCAGUCAUGGGCAGGAUCUCCUGGUUGUGACAUUUAUUCACACAACUAUGAUGCAGACAGGCCAAGUGCUCCAUAUGGCCCAUCAAGUAUCCCAGCCUCACACUGUUUUUCAUCCCACACAGGACACUCCAACCUCCCCUUAGAGCAAAACUCCAGCCCCAGGGCUCAGCAAGACCCAAACCUACACCAGCUAACCCAUGAAGGCACAUCCAGUGGAGUGGAUGGCAGUCCUCUCUCAGGUCAGAAGGACAAUUUGUUGAUCACUAAUGCACAUUCUGAAGGUUUAAACCAGCUCAGUGGCAGCAAUACAUCCUCAGCACUGAAUAGUCCAGAAGUAGCACGUAGGCUUGCAGAGGAAGCCACCAAAAUCUCGGUUAUUUUUGAUGAUCUCCGAAAGUCCCCUGCCCACAAUGCUUUUGGAGUCCAGAGUGAGCUAGACAGCCCCAAACAAUCUCGAAACUGCCCCUCCCAACAUCGGAGCCCGCCUAUGAAAAUGAACAUCCCAUUACAUGGGAUGCAUUCUGAUCUCCCAGUAACAAAUGGGGCUACUCCUUGCUCACAAGCAACAGAGUCUUUAACCAAUCAUAGCCCUGAAAGGGUUGAACAAACCAGUUACUUCUGCAGCCCAAUCCCCUUAGGACAGGCCCCUGACUCCCCGGCUCUUCCCUCUCAUACAAUACGUCCAUGGCUGUCUAAAGGUGACACGGAUUCACCCUUAAGGGACCCUCGUCUACUUUGGGGUGACUUGUCAAGCACAGACAGUCCCACACUGCACAGAAGGAGACUUCCACAGUACACAGGUGAAGUCUGGUACCAUCACGAUGCCUGGGAUCUGUACUCACAUGGGCACAGUGAGACCAGGGAUGAACCUGCAUCUGACAGUGUGGAGAUCUCCAGGAGGCUUCUUAUUGGGCAGCAUAUUGAGGAAGCACCAAUCAGCUGGACCUUCAUGCAGAGGUGGCGGGAGCACAAUGAGAAUGAAAUGGAGAUGCUUAACCCAGUUCAGAGAUCAGGAGAGAGCAAGACGGGAGCAGUGGAGGACCAAGGUGUAGCAGUGGGCACAGACCUGCCGACAGGGCAGGAGACAGUCACUUUGACGCAGGAACAGAAGCAGGCAGAAUGGAGACGUAGACAGGCUUUGCUACUUGGCCCUGUUGUGCUAGAUGAAGAGAAUGAGGAGAGGGCAGAGGUGGAGCAGAAUGGCGUACCAACUUCAUCUCCAAGCUCCAGUGGGGUCACAGGGAGUUUGGGAGAUCGUGAGUGUCUCUCACCUGAAUCCAGCAAUAACAGUAACCAGACGGAACAUGCCAGCUCAGGAAUACAGUCUGAUAGUUGCUCCGCUGUACUGGGGCCAUCUCUGCACUCCCAGAAGAUUGCUCGAGCCAAGUGGGAAUUCUUGUUCGGCACCACAACAGAUACAGUCUCCAGUGAACAAGAGAAGAACCUGUGCACUGCGCCUCCUAGCUGCCACUCCACCCCAACGCCACCCAAUUACCUACCACUGGAGGAAGUUGCCCUGCGAGCCAAUCAUGACGUACAGCGUGUUGAGGUGGAGCUUGUGACCCCUCCCCCUGCUGCUCCAGGCACCUCCCCAAAAACGGGCAUAAUUCGUCGGACUCUGAAGUACUCUGAGACGGAUCUAGAUGCAGUUCCAUUACGGUGUUACUGGGAGACCGACAUUGACGAGGUCUUGCUGGCUGACAAGGAUGACUCUGACUCAGCUUUCGGGAGCAACCGAAGCGUGAUGGGCACAUCCGGUACAGGGAGCAGCCCACUGGGAGAAACAGCAUACAAGAGAACAGAUGGAGAGGAGGGGGAGGAGGAGGAGGAGGAAGAGGAGGAUGUGGCCAGCUGGGCGAGUGUUCGCACACAGUGUGAUAUGAGGAGGCAGCAGGCCAGUCAAGAGCAGGAUGAGGAGGAGAUACUUAGCAUGCUGUUCAAGAGGCCCUGUUUAAAUAACAGUCACCCAGCCCUGAAAUCACCUGUUCUAGUACGAGGUCCACCCCAAACUUCAGGUGACAACAUGGACACUUUUAGUCACCAUUUUGAGAGCAUCCUGGAGUCCCAGCGAGCUAAAGGCACCUCCUACAACAGCCUGGACAGCCUGGAGCUCCUGACCUCCAGCUCUCAGACCAUGCUGACGUUUGACCUCCCAACCCUGACCCCACAGGUGAAGGCUCAGAUGUACCACAGUGCACAGCAGAUCGUGGAGCUGAGCUUUGCCCCCCUUGCACAUGCUGAGAUGCCCAGUGUGACUGAGUCUGCUCUGACCAUUACGGGGGACACGGAUGCCACGAGGGCCCCAUCCAGCGAACGGCUCAGCAGUGGCUCAGAUGACAGGUCAGCUGGGCACAGCUGGACCAGUGAAAAUGUGUUCAUACUGCCCAGGGAGAAAUCUCCACGGCUGGCUACAGAUGCGGUCUUGGAUCAGGAGCUGAAUGAGCGUUUGGGACUGGGAAGCAAUGACACACUAACCAGCAGUAACCGUGCUGACCAGGAGGCUGCUAAGCGAUUGGCUAAACGGCUCUACAACCUCGAUGGAUUCAGGAAGUGUGAUGUCGCUCGCCACUUAAGCAAGAAUAAUGACUUUAGCAGGAUGGUAGCAGCGGAGUACCUGGGUUACUUUAAUUUUACAGGACAGACUCUGGAUCAGGCACUGAGGACCUUCCUACAGGAAUUUGUUCUAAAAGGAGAAACACAAGAGCGAGAACGAGUCCUGGCUCACUUCUCACGCCGAUACCUACAGUGCAACCCUAUCCUCACACUCUCCGAAGACAGCGUCCACACACUGACCUGCUCCUUGAUGCUGCUAAACACAGACCUAUAUGGCCAGAAUAUUGGCAAGCGGAUGUCCUGCACUCAGUUCAUUGGAAAUCUGGAAGGACUGAACAAUGGCCAAGAUUUCCCUAAAGAACUCCUCAAGGCUCUCUACAACUCCAUUAAGAAUGAGAAGCUUCAAUGGACAAUUGAUGAAGAGGAGUUGCGUAAGUCGUUCUCGGAGUUGGGAGAGCACCGUGAAGACACACAUUCAAGAGGCAUGAAGUGCACAGGGAGUGGGAUAGUGCCAGCAUCUGGUGCACUUCUGUACAAGACGGGUUUCCUGGUGCGCAAAGUCCACGCCGAUUGUGACGGCAAAAGAACCCCACGGGGGAAGAGAGGUUGGAAGACUUUCUGUGCUGUCCUGAAGGGUCUUAUUCUUUACCUCCAGAAGGGUGAGUAUCGGCCUGAUAAGCAGCUUUCUGAUGAAGAUCUGAAGAAUGCUGUGUCCAUCCACCAUUCACUGGCUAUUAGAGCCACUGAUUAUCACAAGCGGCCCAACGUGUUCUACCUGCGCACAGCUGACUGGAGGGUCUACCUGUUCCAAGCUCCUAAUGCAGAACAAAUGCAGUCUUGGAUCACCCGCAUCAAUACAGUAGCAGCCAUGUUUUCUGCCCCGCCCCUCCCAGCUGCCAUUGGCUCCCAGAAGAAAUUCAGUCGUCCACUGCUUCCAGGCUCUGCUUCCAAACUCUCACAGGAAGAGCAGGUAGAGGCUCACGAGGCUCGCUUUCACGCCACCGCCACGGAGUUGGCAGAGCUCCGCUCAUACCCACCUGACCGGAAGGUCAAAGGUCGUGAGCUUGAGGAAUACCGUCUUAGGGAAGAGUAUUUGGAGUUUGAGAAAACACGAUACGAGACGUACAGCAUGCUGCUGAGAGCGAAGCAACGCUGUGGGAAUGACGAUCUUUCAGUGUUUGAGGCCAUGCUGCUGGCAGAGGGCUCCCUGCAGAGGGCUCAGUCCAGCCCCAGUCUCCAGGAGAGCAGUGGCACUUGCAGCGCCAGAGAUAAGGCACUUCCCAGCACAGGCAAUGGCACCGGCACCAGCCAAGGCCAGAGACACAGCUAUCGUCAGGCUGUCAGGAAGUGACUCAGGAACCUUUCAGCAAGCUCUUUGUACUAGGAAGGAAGUGAGAUCAUUCUCUUUUCCUGCUCUCUGUGCCUGGAGGUAUUGGCACAGAUCCUGACUGAGUCUGACUCUGAGAUCAUGGUCUGGUCAAAGAUGUCACAGUGCAGGUGCUGAGUAAUGAUGUGGAGGUACAGGAACGUGUGUGAGACACUCCAUGGUGUUUGUCAAGGGCUGAAUUGAGAGACAGAAGGAAUUUAUCUGCUUGUCCUUCUUUCACAUCUUCAGUUUCCAUGUGUUCUUUGGAUUUGCACACACUCAAAUCUCAGAUCGAAUCAAUCUUAGGACCAAAAGAGCUCUGUACCUUUAAAAAUGACUGUUAGCACUGCAACGUCAUAACUGCAGUUGUGUAAGGGUCAUUCAGUCAAAAUAAAAUCGAUGGUGUUGGCGAUCUGUCUUUUUACAAAACAUACUGAAAUACCACUCACUAUUUAUUUUAGUUAAGCUCAUAGGAACAAAGGGCAUCUCAUUCCACAAGGUUACUCCUUAUUUGUACCCACAAUUUUAUACAAGCUUAGAACAGCACAAAGCUGUUCCAUUUCUGUAUGGAGCUGGAUUGAAUCCCAAACAGCUCCCUGUAUGAUUUUAGUGCAGUACCAGGGGUCUGAAAACCUGUGCCCUGUGUAUAGCAAUAUAGUCAAGCCGGAAGCCAUUUUGAAUGAAUUUUGUCCAGCCCUUUAUUUUAACCAGAAAUCACUUCCCAGAAUCAACCAUGGAGUAAAGCAGUGAGUGAGUGAGUGAGUGAGUGAGUGAGUGAGUGAGUGAGUGAGUGAGUGAGUGAGUGAGUGAGUGAGUGAGUGAGUGAGUGAGUGAGUGAGUGAGUGAGUGAGUGAGUGAGUGAGUGAGUGAGUGAGUGAGUGAGUGAUAAAUAACUCCAUGUGGCACUACAUCUUUAACAAAAAAAGAAAAAAAAACUUGUGGACUGAGCAGAUUAUAUUGGUAGAGGGAUCAAACAAGUGGCUUUUCAUUUUGAAUGCAAAAAUUUGUAUGCCCCAGAAUGUCUCUUGCACUCAAACUUAAAUAUUCUUACAUUUAUUAUACGUCUCUGGAGUUUAUUUACCUUUGAAUAUUAUAACUUGUUACUUGUCCCUGUUCUUUUUCUUGGUUUUCUUGGCUGAGUGUUUUUGUCCAUUGUGGCCAGCAUGGCUGAAUAGUGAUGGCUUCUUGUAAUCUCCUCUCUUCUGCAGAAAAGCAGUGAAUCUAGUGGUGAUGAGAAAUAUACCAUGUCGUUUGGCUGUCUUUUAGGCUUCUCAUGUUUCCUACCUUGCUUUCUGAAUGACUCCUAUUACACCUGGUUGUUUCAUGCGUCUCCGAUGUCCGGACUGAUUCUGGAUGUAAUGCAUUUACAACAACUUAAAUCCAGUUAUGUAACCAUUUUCAUGUCUUUCAAAGCCACAUGUGAUAACCCAUGUGAAAAACAAACCACCAGUAUAUUACAUCCUAAGACAGCUGGCUCCAUUAAGGUAAACCUGAACAUAAAAUGUGAUUUUUUUUAUUUAUUUAUUUUUUUAAAUAUGGCAGCCGAUUUUGCAUAGGACUACUAGGUCAAAGAUCAGCUUAGAAAGCUUAUUAUGCUUAUUAAGAGUGAUACAGCAAACUGGCUAACUACAGACAUAUGACCAAUAAUUGAAUGUAAAUCUUUCUUCAAAAUUUAUUUGAAAUACAAGACACAUGAAAUGAUUAGGUGUAAAUGGUGUCAGUAUGUCUGUGAUUUUUUUCACUUGGGAAGUGGUUACGAUUUGGUCCAUUAUUGUGUUAUGUUUUGUAUGUGUAUAUGAAUGAGUGCUUGGAAAAAAAAACAUCAGAUGUAUGUUGAAUGUUCGGUACAUGGAUGGAUCAUGGAUUAUCAGUUUAUGGAUCAUCAACUGCAGCUUGUCCAGCAUAGGCCUAUAUGCUCAGUCCUUUGUAUGCUCAGUCAGAACGUUUCCACGUUAAAUUAUUUGGCACGCUUCGACCUGUACGAGAGAUAUUAAUACACAGGUGAAACUGUAAUGUCUGUAUAAUGUAUGUAUAUUAAUUACUGAGGCAUCGUCUAUUAGAAUAUUAUUAACUCAGUGAGUCAUGGUGAUGAGAUUCUGCAAUCACAUUUAGAGAUUCACUUGUUCUCAUCAUAUAAUAUAUUUAUUAUUCUGUUUGGUAAAAAUGGUUUCAGCAAGUAAAUGUGGCAUAAAAACAAACAUGUCUGGUUUUUCCACAUCUUUUCCUGGCCUUUUGUUUUUUUAAAAGAGAAUAAAGAAAAGGAACAGUAAGUAAAACUAAUAUGCAAGAAAUGGUUGUAAUUGAAUAUGCAUUAGUUAAAUUGCAUCCACACAUUCUGAAGUAAACUGUAAAGCGAUUUCCCCGCUCAGAUUCAUUCAAGAACUUUGGACGUUGUGCACUCUUAGAAAAAGUGCUCUUUGUAUAGUUCUUUGUAUAGUUAAGAUCUUUGUACAGUUAAGAGUUCUUAACGUGUUGAAAAGUGUGUAGCUUGGUACCCUUUCUGACAGUGCAGCACUCUGUUGUAAGUAAGAUUUAUUUAUAAAGCACAUUUAAAACAACUUGUGUUGACCAAAACGCUGAACAUCAAAUAAAAUGGAACACUUAACAAUAAAUAGCGUAAGAAAUGUAAAAAUUAAACAUUAAAUAAUACAAAACAAAUAGCAAAAAAAAAAAAAAAAAAAAAAUGAUCCAGAUCGGAAUUGAAUUGAUGAUAGUGGCUAAAUUUCUUCAGCUCUCUCCAUCUUGCUUUUUUCCAUUCAUGAAGAGUUUGCUAGCCUGUCAUCUAGAUCUCAAAAUAAGUAGGGCAAGCCUAGUCUUGCUCAAGUUUGAAAUGGAGAGACGGUGUCAUUGAAAUUCAGGAAAUUCUUGUGGAUAUAUUCUCUCUGCUAAAGCACUCUGUGUGCACGUGUGUGUGUGUUUUUCCCCUUAGUGGGCAACAUGCACAGUCAAACCAGCUCCAUAUGAGAGACACACAGGAGCCAGGACGGAGCCUUACUCUUGCUAAGGUUUACGCGUUAAGUGGGCUGUAAUAAUUGUGAGCUGCUCCAAAAGAAAUGUGGCCAUGGACCGAACAUGUCUUCUUCACUGUAUGCUGAUGGAAGCCUUGCUUAUUACAGUUUAUGGCAGUACAGAAGUUCGAGUCAACUGUCCAAACGAAACAGGGAUUGUUGGGAAACCUUUAAUCCUAACCUGUAAUGUUACAUGUGAGGAAUGUUUCUGUAAAAAUUAUAUUUGGAGCAAAAACAACAUCAAUUUAAAUGAUACAGAGAAUAGAACAUGUCAAAACAAUCGAACAUUUUACCUUACAAUUCUGAAUGCAUCUGAGAAACACAGUGGAAUGUUUAAAUUUUGGGUACAAAUGACAACUGGAACUGGAGAAGGAGAAUUCUACAUUACCAUAGAGACCCGUGUUCCUGUUGCUAGAGCAGGUACAGUGUGUUUCCUUUGCUUUAUAGAAUUUCACCUGGACCAAUUUUGUACAGCAGCAUCUUGGAAAAAACUUCCAAUUAGUUACAAAAAAUUCCAAUUAGUUACAAUUGUAGUCAUAUUAAUACUAUAUACCAUCAUGUAAUUAGUUACAUACCCCUUAUGGAAAAGUCUCAUACAUUUCACAUGUGCUAUGUUUUUCUACAUGCGAUUAUGUGAAUAAUAUGUGACUACAUGUGAAAAAAAUGUUAUGCCAUGAAAUGGUACGUUAAAAACAUUGGGGGAAAAAAAAUCUGUGAAAACAGUGGAAAAUAGCUCUCUGGGUGGGAGGAGUGGCAUAUUCUCUCUCCCCUGUCAAUCACAGCAGCACUAGCCAAUCGUGGGUGUCUGUGAGCUCAUUUACUGUCCCCUCCGAAAGUAUUGGAACAGCAAGGCCAAUUCUUGUGCUUUUGCUAUAUACUGGAGACAUUUGGGUUUGAGAUCAAAGGAUGAAUAUGAGAUGAUAGAACAGAAUUUCAGCUUUCAUUUACUUACUUAGAUGUGUUAAACAAAUUACAGCACUUUUUGUGGCAGGCCACAAUUUUUCGUUGAGCAAAAGUACUGGAACAGAUAGUCUUAAAGUAAAUAACACUUAAUAUUUGGAUGCAUAUCCCUUACUUGCAGUGACUGCAUCAAGACGGCAACCCAGCGACAUCACCAAACUGUUGCAUUCUUCUUUUGUGAUGCUCUUCGAGGCUUGUAGCGCAGCUUCUUUCAGUUGUUGUUAAUUUUGGGGUGGUUUCUCCCUUCAGUCUCCUCUCGAAAUGCUUGAAAUGAGAUGAAAUGCUGCUCAAUUGGGUGAAGGUCUGGUGAUUGACUUCACCAGUCUAAAACCUUCCACCUUUUCCCCCUGAUGAAGUCCUUUGUUGUGUUGGCGUUGUGUUUUGGGUCAUUGUCUUGCUAUGAUGAAGUUCCUCCCAAUUAUCUUGGAUGCAUUUCUCUGUAAAUUGGGAACCAGAAUGCUUCUGUAGACUACUUAAUUCAUUCUCAAGGUUCAAGGUUCUUUAUUUGUCACAUACAUAUUACAUACAUGUGAGGUGUUAAUGUAGUGAAAUGUUUUUCCUUAGUGCCUCGUCCCACAGUGCAACAGUGAUACAUAAUAAAAGCAGAAUAUAAUAAAAGCAGAAUAUAAUGAAUAAAAUAGAAUAGGAUCUAGUAGACAAAUAUAGAUGCUAUACGUAAAAAUAUGUUUAGCAGCUUUUGGAGGAAUGCUUAGCAGCUUUUUGAGGAUGUAGUGUGCAAAAAAUUGUCUCAUAGUGCAAGAGUUUUUGUUUGUCCAUAGUGCAAACUGUUGCGUAUGUGUGUCUGUGUGUGAGGUAGAGUAAUAUGCAGGCUUCUCAAGAAUCCUCAUUCAGUAGUAGCCAGAUUGCCUGACUGUAGAAACUCCUUCUGAGUCUGUUUCCGGGGUGUUGAAAGUCUUGUACAAUUCUCCUGGCCCUGGUCUUGCAUCGCUGGUUGUAGAUGUGUGUGAUGCAGGGGAGAGAAGUCCUUGUGGCCUUCUCCGCUGCCCUCACCACUCUGGACAGUACAUUCCGGUCCUUGGCCAUGGUGCCUCCAAACCAGGUGGUGAUGCUUCUGGUGAGAAGACUCUCCACAGCCCCAGUGUAGAAAGCCUUCAGCACACUGUGAGAGACCCUGAACCUGCCCAGACGUCGUAGAUGGUAGAGACACUGGUGCGCUCUUUUCGCCAAGCUGUAUGUGUGUGUAGUCCAUGACAGGUCUUCUGUGAGAUUGACCCCAAGGUAUUUGAAGCUGCUACUAAAAUCAUGAGUUACAUCAUUAGAGAUCAUGGCACUACCUCCACCAAGCUUGACCGAUGAACUAUAUUUUGGACCAUGAGCAGAUCCUUCCUUUCUCAACACUUUGGAUUUUCCAUCACUUUGGUAGAGGUUAAUCUUGGGUCCAGAACGUGUUGCUCAUCUCUGUAUUUCUUUGCGAGUUCCAAUCUGGCCUUCUGAUUUUUACUGCUGAUGAGUGGUUUGCAUCUCGUGGUAUGGCCUCUAUAUUUCUGCCCUCAAAGUCUUUUGACAACACUGACUGCUGUUUUUGGGUUUUUCUUCACAACUCUCACAAUGUUUGUCAUCAACUGCUGUUGUUUUCCUUGGCCAACCUGUUCCAUGUCUUAGUACACCUUGGCCAACCUGUUCCAUGUCUGGUUGUUAGUACACCAGUGGUUCCUUUCCUUUUCAGGACUUGGAACGAUCUUCCCACUUUUCUCAGCUUCAGAAUGGUUUGCUUUUCUCCCAGACAGCUUUCUGGCCUUCAUAUUGGUUUAUCCUUUUUAACAACAAAUGCAGUCUUCACAGGUGAAACCCAGAGCUCAAACCAAGACUAGACAUUCAGAGGUAUUAACUGCUGAAACAAUCAAUCUAACAAGGCACACCUGGGUAACAAGAAACACCAGUCAGUCACAUGUUCCAAUAUUUUUUAUCACUUGAAAAACAGUUGGGUUCUAACAAAAGGUGUCACAUUCUAAGUUGUUUAAUACUUCCAGUAUUAAACAGAAAUAUGUCAGUUAAUGAAAGCUGAAAUACCAAUCUAUCAUCUUAUAUUCAUCUUUUGAUCUUAAACCCAAAUGUCUUCAGUGUAUAUCAAAAACCAAAGAACUGACCUUGCCAUUCCAAUACUUUCAUAGGGGACUGUAUGUGCAAAGUGCUUUCCUCAGAGUGUUGUAAGCUGCCCUGUGACACAGCAUGAGCAGCAUUUUGAAAAGAUGUGGUUGGCUGCCGUCACAUGUCUUGGAGGAAGCAUGCAUUAGCCUUCACCUCCUCCAGUUGGUAGCUUUUGUAUGAUAGGGGAGAGCCAGCUGGUGAGGGGGAGAUUCAUAUAAUUUAACUCUUCUGACAGUGGCUAGUACUAAAGAAACACAUGUAUAGUGUAUUUAUAGUUGGUUAUAAUAAUGGACUAUUGUAUUUAACAGGGCAGUUUUGAUUAAUCUUGUAUAUCAUUGAGGAUAGAGCUAGAGUAUCAGCAAAUUGAUCAGAAAAGGUUUCACAAAAAGAAAACAUUUUAACAUUGAGUAACCUUAUUUGCUAUUAUUAUUGCCAUAAAUCAUCUGUACAGUUUUAAUGCAUUAUCCUGAGUGGUCUAAGGAUGAUAGAUGUCUGCUGUGUAAAACAGAUGUAUCAGUAAGACACACAAUGGUAAGUUGUAAAUAGUGUUACAUAAGCAUGAAUAUAAUGAAAUUGCAAAUGUUAAUGCCUGAUCAGAUUUUACAUGUAUGCAUGACAUUCAAGGUUGUUCUAUUUUUGAUAUUUUAGCCUAUUUAUAUUGCCUAUUGCCACUGUUAUUACCAUUACUAGUGGUAGCACCUACAAAUGUGUGUGGAAUGUUUUUUAUGUGCUGCAAGAGCUGUGGUGACGGGUUUAGAAAAUACAGUGACUUUUGUCUUUUUACAGGACAACCCUUUGGAUCUAAGCUUGUUCUGGUCAUGGUUCUUCUUGUGUUUUACUUUGGUAUAGAAGAUUAGAACUAUGGUUUAAACAGGGACCCAGCUAGAACAAAUUUAAAUAAAUGUGAUAUUUAGUUGUGGUACUGUUGUGGUACUGUAACAGCUAAUGAAAUGAAAUGUGAGCCUUCUUUCUUAAGCUAAUGUCAGAACAGCGUGUCAUAAAAAUUGCAUAGUUCGUCUGUGGAGUAGCCUUCCCUUGACUCCAGGACAUUUACACCACCAGGGUCAACAGGAGGGCCCACAACAUCAUCAGGGACAAUACACAUCCACAAGACAGUCUUUUCACACUUCUGCCGUCUGGGAGACGUUACAGGAGAGUGACAUCAAGGACAAAAAGACGCACCAACAGCUUCUAUCCACAAGCAAUCAGACUCCUGAACAAUACCCUAAUCACUUCACUCCCCAUCACCCCUACUGACUGUUUUAUGUAUAUUUUUCUUUUUCUUCUUCUUCUUCUUCCUCCUCUUCUUUCUUAGGGCGACGUGCAAAGUAAGAAUUUCAUUGUAUGGUCUAAACCGUGUGUUUCGCUGUGCAUAAGACAAUAAACCUCUUGAAUCUUGAAACACGAGAUGUUGAAUAAAAUGAGAUGUCGAAAAAUGCUGACAUUUAUUUUCUUUGAUGUGUGCACAAUCUGCCUAUGUCUCAGAGAUCCGUGUUUUUUUUUUUUUUUUUUUAUUAAUUUCUGCCUUUAAUGAUUUAAUAUUAAUAUUUGCCAUACUGAUCACUGACUAAUGAAACUAUAUUAUGUCAUACUGACUGCUGAGUGAUGGGCAAUUUUUUUUUAUUAUCUCAAUUGUAUAUUGCUUUUUUAAAUAAACAAAAUUAAGUGGUAUGAUACAGAACAAAAAAGUGUAUACUGCUGCAGCUCUGAAUGACUGAAUUUCUCUCUGAAUUUUUCAAGUAUGAGAAUGGCAUUGCCCUCAGCCACAUAAUGUACAGUCAGGUCCAUAAAUAUUGGGACAGUGACACAGUUUUGGUAAUUUUGCCUCUGUACACCACCACAGUGGAUUUGAAAUGAAGCAGUCAAGAUGUGACUGAAGCGUAGACUUUCAGCUUUAAUUCAAGGGGUUUAACAAAAAUAUUGCAUUAACCGUUUAGGAAUUACAGCCAUUUUUUACAGAGUUCCUCCAUUUUCACAGGCUCAAAAGUAAUGGGACAAACUAAUAUAAUCAUAAAUAUUAGGAUUAUUUUUAUUACUUGGAGGUAAAUCCUUUGCAGUCAAUGUCUACCUGAAGUCUGGACCCCAUGGACAUCACCAAAUGCCGAGUUUCCUCCCUUGAGAUGAUUUGCCAGGUCUUUACUGCAGCCAUCUUCAGUUGCUGCUUGUUUGUGGGUCAUUCUGCCUUCAGAUUUGUCUUCAGUAAGUGAAAAGCAGCUCAGUUGGGUUCAGGUCAGGUGACUGACUCGGCCAUUUAAGAACAUUUAAUUUCCAAGCUCUUGGGCUGCUUUCACAGUAUGUUUUGGGUUGUUAUCCAUCUGUACUGUGAAGCGCUGUCCUAUCAGUUUUGCAGCAUUUGACUGAAUCUGAGCAGAAAGUAUAGCUCUGUACACUUCAGAAUUCAUCCUGCUACUUCUAUCAACAGUCACAUUAUCAAUGAACCCCAGGGACCCAGUUCCAUUGGCAGCCAAACAUGCCCAUGCCAUAACACUUCCUCCACAUGUUUGACGGAUGAUGUGGUAUGCUUUGGAUCAUGAGCCCUUCCUUUCCUUCUCCAUACUUUUCUCUUCCCAUCAUUCUGGUACAAGUUAAUCUUGCAUCAGAACUGGUCAGGCUUUUUUUAGAGGUUUUUUUUAGCAAAGUCUAAUCUGGCCUUUGUGUUCUUGAGGUAAACCGUCUGUAUUUGCAUUCAUGAAGGUGGCUCUUGAUUGUAGACUUUGACAAUGAUAGGCCUACCUCCUCCAGAGUGUUCCUGACUUGGCUAGAUGUUGUGAAGGGGUUGUUCUUCAAUAAGAAAAGAAUUCUGCAAUCAUCCACUUUAGUUGUUUUCUGUGGUCUCCCAGGCCUUUUGGUGUUGCUGAGCUCGCCAGUGCAUUCCUUCUUUUUAAGAAUGUACCAAAUUGUUGAUUUGGCCCUCCUAAAGUUUCUGCUAUCUCUCUGAUAGGUCUGUUUUGGUUUUUCAGCCUAAUGAUGGCCUCCUUCACUUGCAUCAACACCUCUUUGGACGGCAUAUUGAGAGUUCCCAUGAACAGCUACCAAAUGCAAAUUCAACACUUGGAAUCAGCUCCAGACCUUUUAUCUCCUUAAUUUAUCAUGAUAUAAGGAGGAAAAAGGCCACAGCUGGCCAAGAAACUGCUUAUCAGUCAAUUGUCCCAUUACUUUUUGAGUCUGUGAAAAUGGAGGAACUCUGUAAAAAAUGGCUGUAAUUCCUAAACGGUUAAUGCAAUACUUUUGUUAAACCCCUUGAAUUAAAGCUGAAAGUCUACACUUCAGUCACAUCUUGACUGCUUCAUUUCAAAUCCACUGUGGUGGUGUACAGAGGCAAAAUUACCAAAACUGUGUCACUGUCCCAAUAUUUAUGGACCUGACUGUAUAUGUAUGGAUAUAACAUUAAUUUCCACUGGCGACCCAACACUCACACCAUGCAGCACUUCCACCAAAGUUCUUUCAUCAAAAUCAAGCAACUCAACUUAUUUACACAACAUUUGUUUUGGGGGAAAAAAAAUAGCAAAAUUAAUAUCACUAUGACAAUCAUGAAUCAAUGGCCUUAGAAAUAAACAACCAGUUUUACUGAAUAAAUGAGUGUGUGGGUGUGGGUGUGGGUGUGGUCUCAUCACGUGUGAUAGGUCCGUCAUAGAGCAUUCAGAAUGCUGAUGCUUGCCUGGUUCAUAACCACCUAUAGCUUUCUCUUGUGUCUUCCCCGUAGAGGUCCUUCUAUAAUUAGGGGGUGUUAAUGCAUUUGUCAACUAUUACUCUUGUGAGGCUGAAGAAAAGCAAUCUGCAGAAAGAAGGUGGAAGUCGGAUGGGUCUGUACAUAAAUAGCUUAAGCUGUGGGACAGAGGUCAUAGCUGGAACAUGUCUUAUUCGCUGUGUGCUGAUUCAAGUCCUGCUUAUCAUAGUCUAUGGCAAAUUUCUUGAUAUUACAGUAAACUGUCCAAAUCAAACUGGGACUGAGGGAGAACCAUUACACCUAACCUGCAGUGUGACAUGUAAGGAAUGUAAACCUACAAAUGUUUGUAAAUGGAGCAAUAAAAAGAAUCCUGACAUCAAGUGCAGUGAUGAACAGUGUAACGUUACAACAAGUGACAGCAUUCAUACAUUUCAUUGCACAAUUCCACAUGCAUCAGAGAAACUCGACGGAACAUUUAAAUUUUGGGUACAAAUGACAACUGGAACUAAUGAAACGACAUUCAGCGUGACCAUAGUGCCUUCUGCUGAUGAUCCCACUACACCAGAUAAUGCGGACAUACAUAAUGUGUAUCUGUGUAUUCCCUGAAUAAAAAUUGUUUCUGAAGCUCUUUUAGUAGUAGACUCGUUGGGGAAUUCCGAUUCUUGGUAAGACUGAAGUACAAGAUCGACAAGAGCUGUAGAGCAAUGGAAGACUUAGAGUCUCCACAGGUGCUGAGGGUAUAAAACCACACCAUGGUUUUGAAGCGCAGAGGGAAAAAAAGUCAACGAACUGUGGGUAUGUGACUGAAACUUGACAAAAACAGACAGACCACCAAAGGUGACCAAGAGUUUAAAAAUAAACUUAGAAAAGUUGCAGCAUUUCCGUUAUGCUUAAAGGUCAUAAAAUGGAAAUGUACUAUAUGUACAUGCAUAUAACAGUGCUCUGAUUAGUAGUUUUGCUUUGACUCCUGACUCAUUUCUUAUUGCUUUGAGAUUUUCUCAUGUCAUUUUGAUACUUCAAUAGAUUUUUGGAUUAUUCUUCAUUAAAUUUACAUUUUUUUAAGCUCAACCUUCUUGAUCGGAACUCCGUCCUCUCCUCUAGAAAAGAAGCCAUGUCCCGAAGAUAUUUUCUUCACUGUAUGCUGAUGCAAGUCCUGCUUAUCCCAGUCUAUCGCAGUAAACAGACACUGUGAAAACUCAUGAAGUCUCUCAAGCUAGUAUCCAUUGAUAAACAUGAACAUGUUAGAACAACAGAAAUGUGAUAAAUCCAGUAAAAUCCCUGAAAACAUAUCACGUUCAUGUAAAGGCACAUCAGCAACAUUAUAACACAAUCUAAAAUGAAUAAAAGGAGCAAUUACCGUGUGCGCCUCUUGGACCACAUGCAGGUUAUUUUGGGGCUGUAUUUUCUCUGCAUCCAUGCUGCACCCACAAUGCCACAGUCCUUCUCUCAACUAAACUCUGGUCUUGUGACCGUUACACUCUACAUUAAAUAAAACCUUACAUAAAGAGUUCUAAAUUUUUAACCAAACAUUAUUUUAAGGAGGUACAUUUUUAUCAUUAUUACCCUUUGAACAUUAUAUUUAUUACAUUUUUAAUCACUUUUUUAAAGGCUGUAUGAACCCAAAUGAACAUGAAUUUUUGACAGAAACAUAUAAAAUAAACAUCUCAAUGAAACAUGUCUUUGUGACAGUUACAGCUAUAACAUAUGUCAUACAUACUAAUCUCUGAGUGAUAGGCAAAUAUCUUUUAAACUGUGAAUAGAAUGAAAUGAUCUGACUGUUGUUGGCUCAUUUUUUUUCCGAUCCUGAGGUCUUGUGUGCUGGCAGUGUAUUUUAUACAAUAACUUUCCAACACAGCAAAUCACUUAAUACUGCAUUGGGACAUUUAGAGUACAUAAGCUAAGUUAUUUUGUGCUGUGCACCAACGUUUGUUUUCAGUUUUGUAUUAUAUUGUUAUGUCUAUUUUAUAUUGCUUUUUUUUUUUCAAGUAAACUAUGAUUGGACAGAAAUGUGUGUAUGCUGUUUCUUUCAUCAAAUGGAAAUAUGACAAAUAUGGCAUUGAGCUCAGGCAUAUAAUGUGUGUAUGUAUUCCCUACAGCACUUCCAACAAAAUUCUUGGCCAACAAAAUCAAGCAACUAAAGUUACUUACAUGAACGUUAUUACAAUACACAAUUAUGUUUGAGCAGCUAUGCUUUAUAAAUAAUAUAAGAAAGAGAGCCUGAUAAAUUGUACUUUUAAAAGUAUAUGCUUUCAGUGACAGAAGUAAAACUUCCCAUGGCGACUUUCACAUGAGCCAUGGCACGAGACUUCCUGACUAUCAUUACUACACACACUUCUUGUUAGUUUGAAUGUAGUUAUUGAAUAAUUCUUACUAAAUAAUAUGCAUUAUGAUAAAUAAUGGAACAAUAAGCUGGAUCUUUAGUGAUUUAACUACAUACAAGUAAUGGUAAAGCACACUCACUCCCUCUUGUGGACACUGUUUAGCUUGUGAAUGAAUAAAUGAUUGAAUAAAUGAGCAACAGAGAAUGUGUGUUUGAGUAAUCAAAUAUGAGAUUAAAGCAGUGAAUGAAUGUGCAGGUCAUUCUGUGAGGGACAGGGUGGUGUGUGGUCACCUUUCUUAUACAAGAGCUCUUACAGAGAGCAUUCAGAAGACCUUCAUGUUCCAGGAUAUUGCUGCAUUAGUGUUUUUUUUGACACCUCUGUAUGGAACAAAUUUGAUCAGUGUUUUUUUUCACUUCUUUAAUGAGAACAAUUGUUCCGGUUUUCAUGAGACUUCCUUCUUCUUUCUCGCUGGUUCCUUUUCUCUUGCUUUCCUUUCCCCUAAACUGAGUCCAUCAUCUAUGCUCAUAAUUGAGGAGUGAUGAUGCAUUUGAAAUUCUUUGAAAUUCUUGUAAGGGUGAUGUAAAAUGAGCUACAGAUUUGGAUGAAAGUGGGAGGGACCAACACAAACAGCACUUGUGCUAAACAUGUUUAUCCACUCACUUUUUGUUCAUAUGCUAAACAGGCUUGGUUUGAGAUUGCGAUCAAAUAACAGUGAGACUCAUUUUGAAAGCGAAAGUUGGGGACUGGCCACAGAGAGGACCCAGAGCUCUGAAAAGGAGUAAGUCAUUGCUGAGUACUCUCUCCAUGUAGCAGCAACACUCUCAGACCGACAGAAGUCAUGGCUGGAACAUGUCUUAUUCGGUGUGUACUGAUUCAAGUCCUGCUUAUCACAGUCUAUGGCAAAUUUACAGAUAUUACAGUAAACUGUCCAAAUCAAACUGGGACUGAGGGAGAACCAUUACACCUAACCUGCAGUGUGACAUGUAAGGAAUGUAAACCUGCAAAUGUUUGUAAAUGGAGCAAUAAAAAGCAUCCUGACAUCAAGUGCAGUGAUGAACAGUGUAACGUUACAACAAGUGACAACAUUCAUUUGUUUCGUUGCACAAUUCCACAUGCAUCAGAGAAACUCAACGGAACAUUUAAAUUUUGGGUACAAAUGACAACUGGAUUUAAUGAAACGACAUUCAACGUGACCAUAGCGCCUCGUGUUGUUGAUCCACCCACAACAGCUGCUCUUCGUUUCGCCGGUCUUCCAGAUGCUCCAGGAAAACUAACAGCAAAUGGUCGUUCACCUACAGGUGCCGUGGCUGUAAUGGUCAUAUUCUGUCUUGCCAUAUGCGCCAUGGCUACACUUGUCUUUAGAGGAAACAGAUGCAAUAAUAUGUCAAUUUCAGCACUAUGCCCUGGCAAAAUUAUCACAGAAACUUACCCAGUAUAAUCAUAAUACAUAGUUGUGUGACUGUGCCAAGCUCAGAAAGCCAAGCUUUCUUUUUUACGUCAGUCUCUGUCAUGGCAGAGAGACAGAAAAUCAAGAAUAAAGGGGAAAAGUGUGCAGCUGAGGAGGGAGAUACAAUCCCAGAUAUGUAGCAGAGGUCUUUUUUUCUUUCUUUCUUUUUCUAACUCUUCAUUUCUAGUUUCAGUGAAAUGUUUAUCUGUUACUUAUCACCGUGUGAUGCUUUUAAAUUGCUAAUAGACUGGUGUGAACUGACUCAUUUUCUGAUCUUGAGGAUUUGUGGCAUCUGUUUUUAAAACGUUUCUGGUGAUUUUUAACAGUAGCUUUUCUACAAAUCAUUUACCUUCUCAGAAAGAAAAAAUGUAGCAUGCUGUACAAACAUUUAUAACUGUAUAAUGAUGUAAUGCUCUCAAGAGAAUGUUGUUUGUACCAUUACUUACAUGAACUCAAAUGUAUAGGAAUACAUUCUCAAGGACAACUGUUUUACCUUGAGGGACAAAAAUAUUUGUACAGUACUUUUUGCCAGAGCAUUGAUAAUAAAUUGUAACCUGUGAUUUAAUAAAAAUAAAAUAAAAUAAAAUACUACAGGGUUGUGCAGGAUACUGUAUACAUUUUAUAUUGUACUUUUGUGAACUUUUGGUUUUUGUGUAUUCUACUGUAAUUUGAGUUCUGUUGUGUUGUGUUCUUUUCUUUUAAAUUGUAUUUAAAAUUGUAUUAAUAAAUAUACAGUAGUCACACUAAA